CUGAUCAACAAGGAACGGGUCCUUCUUCACUUGUGAGGUUUAAAAGCAGGCUGUCCUCCUUCAUCUCUGGUUAAAGAAGGCAGGUGUUUGGGAUGGGGCCUCUGCUGCUGCCAUCAUCCUUAUGUACUUCAGCUUUGGGGCUGGUCUUUCUAAUCAGCGUAAACUGGAACAAUAUGGGUUGGAGCUGUCCUCCAGAGUGCAUCUGCAUUAACAUGAAAGUGGACUGUCACAGCAAAGGGUUAGACCUUGUCCCUGAUUCGGUUCCUCUGACAACUAGGGAGCUGAUUCUGACCAACAAUUACUUCAAAUCGAUACCACCUUUGGAAAUCACUUAUCUCCAUGAACUGGUCUAUCUGGACUUCAGCCACAACCUGAUUGAACUAAAUGGAGAAGAGAGCUUUCCAGCAGCUGAGAAAUUGGCCUACUUGGAUCUUAGUCACAACCGGCUGACUGACAUCUUACCCAAAACUUUCUCCGAGCUCCCCAGGCUGGUGUUCCUCAACAUCUCCUCGAACCCAAUGAUAAAGAAGAUCCACGAGGAUGCCUUUGUCCCGCUCACACUCCUGAGGUACAUAGACGUCAGCUUCUGUAGCUUAGACAUCCUGACGGUUCAAACGUUGGACCAUCUCAGGAACCUUCAUACUUUGGCAAUCAAGGGGAACCCCUGGGAUUGUAACUGCACCUUUCUGGAAGUCUCCAAUUGGCUGCGGCAGACCAUGCGUGGUCAUGGUAACUUGAAGCCUCGGAUUAAAUUACUAGAUCAUGACGAAAUCACCUGCAAGAAACCACCCAAAGUUGAAGGCUGGCCAAUCUUUAAGGCAGAAGAAGAGGUUCAUCAUGAUUGCCUUCUGCACGUUGCGAUAGCGGAUUUACUUGUCCUUGGUGUAAUUACCUUCUGCAUCUUUAUAGGAGGAACAGUGGUGGCGGGGCUGAUUGGCAUGACCACAGUUAUAUAUCACCACCCAGUUAUGAAGGUGGGAGACGAAUCAGAUGAUGAUGAUGAGUACAAAAUCUAUUCCUCAAAUAUUUAGCUCUUCCCAAUCAGCAACCAUGUUCUAGUUGUCUUUGAGGUAUUCCUAAUAUAUUUAGGCCGUCCUAAUCUGAGGGACCAUACAACAUUUUAAUGAGCAGCUAUCUGGAUCUUGUAAAGUCCAGUUUUAGAGCAUGCAUGACAGAAAUGUGAGGUCUGAUAUUCUAAUUUUUGGUUAUUAUUUUUCUUUUUCUUAACUUUUUAAAAUUUAUUUCCAAAUUACGUAGAAGUUAUGAGAUUAACCUCCAGAGCAGGUGUGGGACAAAAGGUGGAUUCAAAGGAUGUAGAGGAAAAACUGAGCGAACUUUCAUCAAAUCCAAGGUGUAUACAAAAGACUAAUUAAUCUUCCAUUUUUGCCAUAUGUAUUAUUUCUUUGUUUCUCUUGAGCUGAAAACCUGUGUGUCAUAAUA